CGGAAAGAACUUCGCGUGGUUACCUAUCUGUGAAGACGAUCGGGUGCAGUUUCUUCUCAGGAUAUUUACCACAAUAGAGGACGAUUCUGUCCUGGCCAAGGAGUCAUUAACUAUGGUUCUCCCGAUACCGGCUUUCCUCAUGUUGAUCUCUCCCGAUUACUCCAACGGAUCAGGACCCACUGUGGUUGAGCUUCUCUCUCCCCGGCCUUAUUCCUACCCCACAGCAUGGACAAAUAAAUAAGAAACAAUUUCUCGAAUUAAUCAUGGAUACCUCUUGUGAAAAACCGCGUAUACCCAGUGCAAAGUCGCACCGACUGUAUAGCAACUGGCAAUGGUUUCUUCGGUCAACAAUCCGGCCAUUGCAAUGGCCGAAAAGCCGCCGUCUCUGGAGAAAGAGCCCAUGGCAGAUGUGGAGGUUGGAAUUGCUGUGACAGAUGAAAAGGAUGAUCGACCGGGAGAAGGCUUCGGCGAAGUCAGCGAUCUAAAGAGAGGUCUGAAGCAAAGGCAUAUCCAGAUGAUAGCCCUUGCUGGUACCAUUGGUACCGGCCUUUUCCUGUCGUCCGGAAAAGCAAUUGCAAGAGGUGGACCUGUCGGCACAGUAAUUGCAUAUACCGUUGUAGGACUCUUGGUUUCUACUAUUGUGUUUGCUAUUGCAGAGCUGAGCGCUCUUGUCCCUCUCAGCGGUGGCAUCAUUCGUCCCGCCGAAUACUUUUUUGACCCCGCCCUGGGAUUCGCACAAGGAUGGAAUACCACAUAUGCUACGGCAAUGCUCCUGCCAUCGGAGAUGGUGGCUUGUGCCGUAAUCAUUAGAUAUUGGACCGAGCAAGUGAAUAACGCGGUCUGGAUUACCAUUCUUGGAUUUCUACUGCUAGUCAGCAAUAUGUUCUUCGUGGGCGUCUAUGGCGAACUGGAAUUUAUCUGCGCCAUUUUGAAGAUUUUGUUAGUUGUUGGAUCCGUCAUUAUGGGCAUCGUCGUCGAUCUGGGUGGUGGCCCGAAAGGUCACCGGUUGGGAUUUCAGUACUGGAAAAAUCCUGGACCCUUUGUCCAAUAUCUUGGAAUAUCCGGCUCGUGGGGGCAAUUCCUAGGUUUCUGGCGUGUCAUGGGCAGUGCGGUCUACUCCUUCUCAAACGUCGAAAAUAUUUCCGUCGCUGCUGCCGAGACGGAAAACCCUAGGAGGAACAUCCCCAAAGCUGCCAAGCGCGUGUUCGUCAGAGUUUUGUUGUUUUAUAUUACCUCCAUGUUUGUUGUUUCUCUCGUCGUGGCUUCGAAUGACCCAGGACUCUCUAAAAGUGCUGGAGACGCUUCCGCCUCGCCUUUUGUCCUCGCGGCGUCUAGCUCCGGCAUUCAUGUCGUUCCUAGUAUCAUCAACGCCGUUGUGCUCACGAGUGCAUGGAGCGCUGGAAACUCCGCAAUGUUGGGAGGCUCACGAGUGCUAUAUGGUCUUGCUAGAGAAGGACAUGCGCCCAAAAUCUUUACUCGGACCAGCCGCUUUGGAAUCCCUUACGUGGCUGUUCUUUCUAUCGGUCUGUUCAUGGUUCUGGGAUACAUGACCCUUGAGGACUCAGCGUCUACUGUAUUUGACUGGUUCCAAGACUUGGUGUCUGCCGCGACAUAUGUUCACUGGAUCAUCAUUGCCAUUGUCUAUCUCCGCUUCUAUUACGGUUGCAAGAAGCAGAAUAUCAGCCGAGAUGAGCUGCCAUGGAAGUCACCUUUCCAGCCAUAUGCGACUUGGGUUGCUCUCGUCUCAUUUACUAUACUUUUGCUGACCGGAGGGUACACUGUAUUUCUUCACGGAGAAUGGGAUGCGGAAACUUUCGUGUCUAAUUACUUCAAUAUCCCACUCAUCUUUGCGCUAUACUUCGGGUACAAAGUCUUUAGAAAGACGAAGAUGGUCAGCUUGGAGGAAAUGCCCAUACGGAGGUUUAUUGAGAUUUACCAAGACAACCCAGAGCCUCCGGAAGAACCUAAGAAGGGCUGGAGGAAGCUCAACAUUCUUUGGUGAUUUUUAUUCGGCGUUUUCAAUAAUCCUCUUGGGGAUAUCCCUUUCUUAUAUAAAAGUGGCGAAAAAGUAAUUUCGGACUCACAUUUUAGCUCAUCACAUAUACCACAAUAGAUAGCAUUUUUCUCUUGUAAAUCAGUAACAACCCAUGAUCAAAAAGAAAUCAAGGCAA